AUGCCCCGCUCACGAGCAGAUCACUGGGAAGCUGUUUUGAUCAUUGUCCCAACCGUCUGCACAGGUCUUGCGACAGCUUGUUUCCUUCUUCGUCUUUACUCCCGCUGCUUAGCAACUUAUAAAUUACGGAUUGAGGAUGCACUGAUGGGAGCCGGUCUCCUUUGCACUUGGGGAGCCGCGAUCAGCAUUGUAUAUUCCGCAAUUCAUGGCGUCGGAACCGGAGGGUCGAUCUGGGCCCUUCCUCGCGAGCAAAAGCUACGCAUCGCACUGCGUGCGCUCCGACAUAUCUUCAGUGACAAGGCCGCCCAAAAUGGCUCAGUUUCUAUUCUAGCUGCCGUUUCUCCUAUCUAG